GGCCCAGGAGACGAGUCCACGCGCUCCCUCCGCCUCGAGAGCCUCUCGCAUCUCUCCGACCCCGUCAGGCACCGCCGCACCGGUCGUCGCCGGCGCGAGGGACUUGCGCGGUGUGUCGCGCACGGCUGCUGCGGCAGGUGGGCGGAGCAGGAUAGCGCCGGCCGCUCGGCUAACCAGCCACCACUUCGGGUAGGCAGCUGAUUCACUCCCGUCUAUUGGCUUUGCUUUCGGGGAUUGGGGAUCCGGCACCGCAUCACCGGAAAGGGGGGCUGCCAACCAUGGCGGCGAGGCAUCCGCCGCCGUCGUCCGCCUCCGCUCCCGCUGGGGGGCUCUCCAUGAAGGAGUACCUCAAGAGGUACCAGUCGAGCCCGGGCGCCGACGGGGACCAGAAGAAGGCGAAGAAGAAGACGAAGAAGAAGCCCAAGCCCGCAGCCGGUGGAGGCGGGGUGCUCAUCGUCGACGAGGACCCCGUGUGGCAGAAGCCCGUGCAGGUGGAGGACGACGAGCCCGCGUCGUCAGGUGAAGACAAGCCCCUGGUGGAUGAGGACAUCGAGGUCAAGCGGAUGCGCCGCCUGGAGGCAAUACGCGCGGCGCGGCCGUACAACGCCAUUGCUGAGGACGGCAGCGGGUGGGUCGCUGUGGCCGCCCCGGAGGAGCAGGCUGGUGGUUCGACCCGCCUCCGCAGGAACGACACGCCGUCGCCGGAGCGAGGAGGUGCUGGGAGCAAGGACAUUUCUCCUCCGCGGCGGAGGCAGCGGCGUGACACACCCUCACCUAAGCCUGGCGAUGCUGCUGGGAAGGACAUGUCGCCACCGAGGCAGAGGCGGAGGCGCCAGGACACGCCAUCCCCAAAGGGCAACGGUGCAGCUGAUCAGGAUGACAUGUCACCACCACGGAAGUCUAUGAGGCAACAAGACCCCUCGCCACUGAGGAGACGUGCUCGUAAUGACUCUGAGGAGCCCCAGGACCUCGAACUGCCAAGGAGGCAUGUGAAACAUGAUUCUGAGGAGCCUCGGGAUAUCUCACCACCACGAAGGCGUAGGCAUGACUCAGAGGAGCCCCAGGACAUGCCGCCACCACGGAGGCGAAUGAGGCAUGAUUCUGAGGAGCCCCGGGACAUGCCGCCACCACGAAGGCGUAGGCAUGAUUCAGAGGAGCCGCAAGACCUCUCUGUACCACGUCGAAGAGCACAGCAUGACUUAGAGGAGCCCAAAGACAUGUCCCCUCCUCGGCGACGGAGACGGCAUGAUUCAGAAGAGCCCAAAGACAUGGCACCACAGAGGAGGAAGCACCAGGACUCUACAAAGGUGGAUGAUCUGUCGCCUCCAAGAAGGAGAAAUAUGGGGCAGAGUCCAGAAGAUGGGGACAUUUCACCACCAAGGAAGGGUAAGAAGGAAGGAGCCCAAAAACAGGCGAGGAAAGCUGGACUGAUGACAGCAGAGGAAGUUAAAGAGGACAUCAGAAAGAUUAAGGAGGAUGAGAUGCUCAAGUUCGCAGCGCAGGAUCCCUCAUUGGUUGGGAAAGGUGCAAAGGCUGUAUUCCGAGAUAAGGAAGGGAAACGGAUAAGUGAAGAAGAGAUGCGCAAGUCAAAGGAAUCUGAAAAGCCGAAGGAAAUACAUAUAGAAUGGGGUAAAGGAUUGGCACAGAAGCGAGAAGCUGAGGCUAGAUUUAAAGAGCUUGAAGCUGAGAAGAGUAAACCAUUUGCUCGAACAAGGGAUGACCCUGAGCUUGACUCUAUGCUAAAAAACAGAAUCCGAUGGGGUGAUCCUAUGGCUCACCUUGUCAAGCGGAAAGAUCCAGAAUUUCUCCUUGAAGACUUUGGAGACGAUGAAAAGAUGAAAGAAUCUGGUUUCAUAGUUCCCCAAAAUAUACCUAGUUACAGUUGGCUGAAACGUGGAGUAGAUCCCCCUCCAAAUCGUUAUGGCAUAAAGCCUGGGCGUCACUGGGAUGGUGUGGAUCGCAGUAAUGGAUUUGAGAAGGACAUGUUCAAGCUAAAGAACGAGAAGCAAGCAAUGGAGCAAGAGGCCUAUCUUUGGUCUGUAUCAGAUAUGUGAGCCCAUCUGCUGUUCCAGGACUACUUGUGGUCUAAAAGGAAGAACCGAAGGCUACUCUUCAAACGAUUUUUUACAGAAAAAUGACAGCACUGGUGGAUGCUGUACAGCUGGAGUAGCUCUAAUAUUUUGCUGAUAGCUCAAUGAGGCAGCAUUUUUUAUACCUGUAUUUGUUGAAACUUGUUACUCAUACCUUUUUGUUGCCCUUCACAUUUUGUAAUAUAGACGACCGUGCUGCAAAGACGCGGUUUUUGGACAAGUACAAAAGAUGAGAUUUCACUGCUACUUUCUGCUUUCGAUGUGAA